GCCAGGGAAGGUUUAGUUCAGGGUCACAAAGGUUAUGUGGCACAGCAGCAUCACCAGUCAGGCCUCCAACAGGCUACACCAGACCCACACAUCCAGGCAGACAGGGGUGUGUGAAGGGGGGAAACACUAUCCCAGAUCCAUGCUUUUUAUUGAUUGGGGCUCUGGACUCCCAGCGGACCCAUUUUAAUGGAGCCAGACAACCUCUUGGACACACUGGCAUACCCGGCGCACCAUGGAGGGGCUGGCUCUUGUGUGGUUCUCGUCCCCAUCCCCAACAAUGCCCUCACCCAAUCCUCUGGCCCCUCCACUGGGUGGGGCUGGGAUUGGGGGCAGACCCCCUGGGCCCACCACCCUCUGGUCCUUCACGCAUCACGCCAUCCUGCUCUCCUCCUGCUGCUGUUUUUUAUCCAUGUUAUUGGGUGGAGUGGGGGAUGUUUUAAUCCUGGCCUCAUACCAGGAGUCUCCCUGUGAGUUCUCAUCUGCAACACGCCUUUGGGGAACGAACCCCUUCCUGAUUGGCACCCAGCGAGCAGGUCUAGACUAUGAUUACACAUGCAAAUACACCUGCUCUGUCUUUCUGGUACCGUUUUAUAACAACGUUUAUAUUGUUUCUAUUUUCAGAUCUGGUGUUUGGAAAUUUGUGAUUAUAUUGUUGUUGCUCUGUUCUAUGUGUUAUUAAAAGGCAGGAGGUGUUCUCACUAGAAAUGCUAAAAUAUUCAUGCUGAAUCUGUCUGAGAGUCACAUGCCAUGCUCAGUCUGUCAUAUAAGCCCAAAUGGAAGACUGUGAGUGGGUUUUUUUUGUUAUUACAGUUGUAACCCAGUUCCACUGUGGGAAAACACCACAUAUGAUGGAGAAUAAUAAAUUAAUUUUAUUGGAUGGGGUUAAAAUGCACAAAUAAUCUACUGAGUGAAUUCAAUACCUCCCUGGGGAACACAAACAUACACACUGACUGAUUUCACAGACAUUUCAUCUGACAGCAAUAUAUAUAUAAAGUCCAGUGAACAUAAAGUUCAGUGUUUCCCUGGACUCGCGUGUGUGGAUGGUGAAGUGGUGGAGCAUCUAAUGUUUUCUCAAACAUCCCCAGAGUUUGCCUUGUCAUUCAGGUAUCCUUACGCAACACAUGCUCACUGUACAUCCCACCAUACAUAUGCACAGAUGGUAAGGACAGGCUUAGCUUGAGUUAAACUGACACUUUGAGGAAGCUGAAAACAUGGACAUCAGUUGUUGCUCAGCACUGUAUAAUUAUAUUUUAGAUCCAAUGUUUCCUCAAUGCUUUAUUUAUGACAGUGACCCAAGUGUAAUAAUAAUUUACAACUCAGUCAUAAAAAUAUUAUGGUGUAUAUUGUUUUUUUCUGAUCUUUUUAUAUUUGUUUAAGAUUUGUGUAAAAUUCAAACAUUUUGAUGACAAUUAAUUGAAGUUGCAGAUACUUUACAGUGUGAAACAAAACAAAAAAAUCCACAAAAAGGGGGAAAAGACGGAGUAAAUGCACUGACUGCAUCGGUAGAAUUUUUAUAACAUUAUUUUUAUAACUGCAGUUUGAGUCUUUGUGUUGUACUACAGCCAUGCCGUCAGGCGUGGCUUCUGUCGAGGACAUCUUGGGGAGUCUGUACGCGAAACGAACGGCGCGGUUCUUUGUUCACCGGGGCUGCUGCAAACCCUUUUUUUUUUAACGGGAAAUGUGCGAGGGCUUUUCUGAUGUUCCCCCGCUGCAUAGGUUCUGCAACGCCUGUCUGACAACUCCCUUUCUCUUCUCCUCCUCGUAUACAGCCCCCCCACUCCCCCAGACACCCUCUUUCCCUCCUUCCCUCCUAUACAUAACAUCCUCAUGCGCAACGGCGCCAGAAACAACAACGCGGUGACCUGCCGCAAAGCACGGCUACAUGGAGGUGGGCGGACCCCCCCCUCCCCAAAAAAUAAUGUCACUAACUCAAACAUUUCAUGGCAGAUGGUCCACGGUCCCCGUUUAUUACACAGGAGCUGCAGUUUCUUUAUGUUGGAAUGAUAAAGUUGACAUCAUCUUUUCAGCAGCACCACUACAUGACCAUGUGCGCACUGUACUUGCACCUUUUGAUACGCAACUGUUUACAUCCUGGAUGAUGGCUAUUCUUACAUAAGUUGCCAAAAUGCGGUUUUCAGGCAACACUGCGGCUCCAAGUGAGAGAAAAAAAAAAAAAAAAAAAAAAAAAAGAAACAGUCUGCGUUAAAACGCGUGCGGCUGCAGGAGGUGCACGAGGAGGAAUUUUUCUUCUUUUCUGGAGGUGACGGGAGGAAGCUGGAUGCGAGAUGCCACAGGCUCGGGAACCUGAGACGGAAUGGUACAACGGGAGGGCGGCUCGUUUUGUCUCGGCGAGGAGGGGAGCUGUGUAAACCAGACUGGGUGGAGCAACACAUCGCCCAGCCCCAUCUAUCGUGCAGACGGCCUUGUGUCCCGUUUGCCUGGAGCUCGCGGAGAGACUACUGUACUGAAAGUCUGGCGGAUAGAGAGAGAGGGGGCCGGUCUAUGGGAGGGACUAGCGCAAAGGGGGGAAUUGGAAGGAGGAGGGGGCGAGGAGGAGGCGGCACGGGUGCUGUUUCUCCAGUCUCUUUCCCCUGUCUUUGUCUCAUACACUCUUUUGUUAGCCAUGCCUAGCCUGCUGGUUCUAGCAGGGAUCAUGGAGAAAAAUGGGGGCUACGGCGGGGAUCUGGCCGGCUCCGGCUUCGGAAGCGAGGGUCUCCUUGUGCCGCCCGACGAGGAGGAAGACGACUCCCGUGCCCUUAGGGUCGCGCUGGGCCAGUUGUCUCUGCUGGGGCUCGGGGAAGGCGAGGACGGCGGCGGAGCCCCAACAACAGGAGUACAGGACCGGAGUAACAAUAACAACAACCACCACAACCACACGAACAGCGUCGGCGGUGGCGGGGACACGGCGAUUCUGCAAGGGAAGAGCAAGUUGUGCGCCCUGUAUGAGAGCUCCUCAAGUGAGACGAAAGGACGAGGCUGCAACAUAACAGAAUGCGUCCCAGUGCCCAGCUCUGAACAUGUGGCCGAAAUAGUGGGGAGACAAGGUUGCAAGAUCAAAGCCCUGCGGGCCAAGACCAACACCUACAUCAAAACCCCGGUUAGAGGAGAGGAGCCUGUGUUCCUAAUCACUGGCCGGAAGGAGGAUGUUGCACUGGCCCGCCGUGAAAUCAUCUCCGCUGCAGAGCACUUCUCCAUGCUCCGGGCAUCCCGUAACAAGCUGGGAGUGUCCUUUAGCGGCUCCCCACCCACACCUUUGCCAGGUCAAACCACCAUUCAGGUGAGAGUGCCAUACCGUGUUGUGGGGCUAGUAGUGGGGCCUAAAGGCUCCACUAUCAAACGCAUCCAGCAGCAAACCUGUACUUACAUCGUCACUCCCAGUCGAGACCGCGACCCUGUCUUUGAAAUCACAGGGUCACCGAGCAACGCCGAGCGCGCUCGCGAGGAGAUCGAAGCACACAUCGCCUUCCGAACAGGAGGCCUGCACGACCACAAUAAUGAGAAUGACUGUCUGGGGCCGAAUGGUGGAAGCAGCCCAGCGGGCAGCAGCGGUGGUCUGGAGAGCCGGCUACAGCAGGUGUGGGGGCUGCAGGGGGGCCAGCGCAAGCCUCUCACCAGCAGCUACCGCCAGAACUUCUCAGAUGCCAUGGUUGGAGGAGGAGGGGGAGGAGGAGGAGGUGAGGGAGGGGGUAUCUACAACAAGGGCAACUUCUCCAGCUCCGGAGAGAAGCCAUGCUCUUAUUUUGGAUCAGAGGGAACCCAGAGCUGGGGUGACCCCGACUACCCCAAACAGGUGGCCUUCUACGCCCAGCAGCGUUCCAAGAGCUUUGGAGGCCUCCCGCUCCCUCUGACCAGACUCUCCCCCGGCUUACCCGAGUCCUGCGGAGGUGGAAGCACCAACAACUCUUCAGUCACCAGCAUUGUGCCCGUAGCCGGCUCACCUCAUGCCCAGGCCCGCCGCGCCCACAGUGAGCCCACCUCAGCCGGCGAAGGUUUCCCAGGCCGUCUGCCAGUGCCGGACUCGCCACCGGCCACUGUGCGGGACUGCAUGACCUGCUUUGAGAGCAAAGUGACGGCUGCCUUGGUGCCCUGUGGCCAUAACCUCUUCUGCAUGGAGUGUGCCAUCCGAAUCUGUGAGCUCAACCACCCGGAGUGCCCAGUGUGCCACACCCAGGUCACACAGGCCAUCCGAAUAUUCUCUUAAGGAACCACAUCAGUUUUUAUCAUUAGUUUUGUCAGUGUUUGUUCAAUAAUUAUUUACUGUUAUUAUGAUUAUUAUUAUAAUACACAUUUUUGUUUUUCAGAAAAUUUAAAAACAAUCAAGCAGAUAUUUUAGAAGGCACUGCUUGCUUUACUAAAAAGUAUAAGAAAUAUUUUUAAGUUUUUCUUUUAUAUAUAUAUAUGCAUAUAUAUUUUAUAAAAGUUUUGUUUAUAAGAGAAGUAUAGUACCCUGCAUUUUCAGUUUUUUGACUGCUGCUGUUUUUCAUUCAUGAAUCACAGUGUAGGCAGAGGUAGUAAUGUGAACAUUUUAUUAUUCAAAUUUUUAUUUUACCAUGAAGUGGGUUUAUAUUGAAGGAAGAAGAUGAUUGUUUAGGUACCCAAUCUGCACCUGACUGACCUAGAAAGUCAAUGUUGUUAUUAGAAGGAAAAAAAACGAAUUUUCAUUGCACCUUACAAUCAUCUUGGUCUAAAAUAGGAUUGUCAAUCAUACCUUGAAAUUUCAAGAGCUGAUGUGAAGGUGAAUUCAGCCUUUUUUUUUCUCAGUUUUACUGUGAUUGUGGUUUGAUAUAAUUGGUCCAAAAGAGACAUUAAUUUUCACAAAAUGAAAAUGUGAAUCAAUUGGUCCUAGUCAAAGCCUUGUGAUCUUUACGAGGAAACAAAAACAGCCCCUUAUUUCAUUCUUAUACCUUAUCGUCUUGUAAACCAGAUUAAUGCUAAAAAGGGAUAGGGCAUUACAUCAUUUAUUUAUAGUAAUUGGUAACAUUUUAUUGGUAUCAUAAUUCACAAGAUAGAUGAAAGUUGUAUAAAGUACCAGUAAAAUUUUCUUUCCAGUAGCCAUUGAUUACACUUUGGUCACUGCAGUUUGUUGAAAAGAUUCAGAAAUGCUUGCUCCUCGUGGCGCUUGAAAAGCAUGUGGUCCCUCGGUUGGCUUAAAGCACUGAUUUAAUUUGUGAGGCCGAAAGCCUUGGAAUUCAUCCAGUUGGCUAGUUCUCGACAUCUGUCUCCCCGAUGGACUUGUUUCAAAGCCACCUUAACCGCGCUUUAUUGUCUUGUGUGGUCAUUUAGCCACAGUCGCUGAACGAUAGAAGACAAAGCAAGAGCUCCAGUCAACAAGCAGUUCUCUGAGGUGUGCACUGUAAAUAAGGAGGAGAAUUAGUAUGUGGACAGAAGCCGAGCAAAACUGUAAAAUGUUUCCUGAAUCAGCAGCACACUCAGAUUAAAAUAGUUGACACUGUAAAAAUACACAGUCCCAAAUCAGUAAUCCUUACUCCACGUCCCCAUUACUAACAGCAUUAAGUGUGAGCUCCGAGGGGCCUGCUGUCUCCCCUGUAAUUAGCAAAGCUGUACAGGAGCAGGUGUUUCAUGGCACACUGUGACUGUGACCCCAAGUUGGAGGUCUUGCCUAGCCCCUUUUCUUUCUCUCCUUUCUUUUGGGAGUGGCUUUUAUGUCUCCCCCUGCUUACAGUUCGAUCGUUUGCUUUCGAAGGCCUCUCUGAGUGGGGCGCAUUGUCUGGGCUGGGUAGCAGCGUGGGCUGCAGAGUGCUCGGACACGGCCUGGAUCUACUCAUUGAUAAUUAGGCAAAUGGGCUGGUCCAGGUGCGGACCGUGUGGGGACUCUGGAGCUGUAUGAGGGGUAAGACAGGGUCCCGCAGUGAGCCCCCUUACCGCCCCGCCCCACUGUUACAAGCACAGAGGGGGCUGGAUGGUCUGGUUGCAGCUGGGCGAAUAGGACCCCCUCCUUCCGCUCCCUCUUGCCCCUUCCUCCCCCUUUUCCUUUCCUUUUCUGCUGCUCUGAGCUAUCCCUACUGGGGAGAGGGGGCCUCUUUUGUCCCAAAACACACACACACACACACACACACACACAAAAUUUGAAAGACAGUAGCUGGAUUUGGCAGUGCCUGUGAAAUGAGGGGAGGCUUUGGAGCAAAAUAAAUUAUCUACAGUUAUCUGGAGAUAACACCAGUUACCUGUUUCCAACGUUAAUGUCACACAAUCUGCCAUAUACCCUUUACAAAUGAUGAAAAUGUUUACGUUCACCUACAAAAGAUCUUAUCACGCCACCCCCCACCACCACCCCCACCACUCCCACUCCCCAGCUACACUGCCCUGAAAUUUGCACUGGCACUGAUUGUGUGACAGAGCCAGUGCAGAUCGACGUUUCCAUAAAGCCCUGGUCCCUCUUUACCUCCAGUCCCCCCCACCCCACCCCUCCGUGUCAGCGCGCUACUGUAUGGGACAUCCUGCAGCUGCCCCUUCACUAUGGACACCCGGGCUUCAGCCAAUAGCAGCCCCCCUCUCUUUUAGCUUCCAGAAUGAAAUCAGACAAUUGUAAUUGACAGGAAAGCAGAGGAAACGCCCCAUUUAACCAGCACUCAUGCUGAAUCAAAUUACACACCCUCUGUGUCUGCCUUAGCCCCAGCCUGGGGAUUUCAGAGGGCUAGAGGAGAGCGGAUGGGGGUAGGGAUUAAAGCUGUUGAAUGAUAAGGGGGGGGUUCAUUUUGGCUGGAGAGACAGAGAAGAACGCUCCAAUAUAAAUGAGACCCUGCAGAUCUAGCAAUUUUAUUGAUCAUUCAAGUGUAGCAGGGAGUUUUGAGUUGUCACAUGUGCUCCAGUAGUGAAGACAGGGAACACUGGUGAUGCAGCAGGCCUUUCUUGUGUUGUACUGGAGAACAAUUAAAACUCGGCUUCUGUCUCAGAGAAAAAUCAACGAUUACAAAUUGUGUCAUCUAAGACGCAAAAGGUCCUUCCUUCUUUUUCUUUCCUUUUUUUUUUCCAACAACAACAUAUAAAAGCAGCAGACCACUCGCAUUACACGUGGACUGCAGGGAAAGCACUGUACUUGCAAAAAGUACCUUGAAAUCUAUCAGAUGUAGGAAUAAAGAAUAGUUUUUUUAUGGAUGGAGAAAUUGCACAGUGGUUUGGCCUAAGCUUUCAACGUCGAAUUCAAGGCAGUAUGACACUGUUCUUUGAACUUAGUAUUUUUGUUAUUUUGUUUUCUGCCUUAAUCUUUUUUAUUAAAAUAAUGUCCUUACUUUGGCAUACAAGGUAGCAACUUUGGCCUUUGACAGUACCGCCCACUAAACAACUUUUAAAGUCCUUAUUUUUGGAGAGAAGAAUGUGACUCAAAAUGCUCGGGUGGGGAUUAGAGGGAUUCAGGAAAUUAGGCCCUUAAAACACUUUACUUAAAAUACAGAGUAAAGCACCUUAUUACAAAACAUGCGCAUUUGAUUAAUACCAAACCGACCACUGAUGGUGAAAUAUAUUUCAUAGAAUCUGAAAGACAUGCACAUAAGGAUUCCCUAUCAUUUUUUGUAUUAUGGUGGUUCUUGUUAUUCUUAAUACUACAGUAGUACUAGUGGUAAUUUGGGAGACCUCUCGUCCAUGUAGUCAAUGCUGAUGACUUGGUUGAGUUUUGCACUGGUUUAAUGAAGAGAGGGCUUAUUGGAGAUUCUCCCAGUUUAGACGCUGUAUAAGUUAAUGAGUAUUGUACUUUAUGGGAAAGCACUCUGAGCAUCUAUGUAAAUACAGUAUGUGUAUCAGUUACGAACAUCCAGACAAAGGCCCGCUUGAAGUGAGGUUUUGAUUAUUUUUACAAACUGAAAGUGUCAUUGUCAAUGUUUUUAGCAUAUGGAAUUCAAAAUGUUUCUGGGUUUUAGGGAGAGUAAAUCUUUUAUAUACGUGUCCCAUCAUCCUUUUGACGAUAAUAGUAUAUUAGAUAGAUCCAUACAUCUAAGAAAUAUUAUUUAAACUGAUUAACUUAGUAUUUCAUCCAAAUAUAUAAAUGAGAAAUUAACCAGACACUACUAUAAACUGUAAUAAUUAAUAUCCUUUAUGAAACCGCUGAUGUAUAAAUCCAAUCUCAAAUAAAAACUCGAAUGAAUAGUAUGUGUAAUAACCUAACCCCUACUGAAUAAAUCAGUUUCUAUGUAUAUUAGGAUGAAAAGCAAUAAUAGGACUAUACUGGGACAAUAAACAGAGGAGCCUGCUUAGUCAGUUCUUUAAAUAAUAUUCUAUUCAGAAAUUGACCUUGAUUAUUAGGAUAAUACUGCUGCAUUUCUGUCUCAUAUCUGCUUAAAAUUCAUUAUGGAUUCACGCCAGUGUAGUAACAGAUAUAAUUAAUUAGUAACAGUUUCAGGAUAAAGUGAUUGUUCUUGUUGUGUUCAUCAGGGUCUCAGUCAUUCGGUUGUUUCAUUUUUACGUUGAUAUCAAUCCGAUCACAGAGGUGGGGUCAAGACAAACUUUUAAGGAAUCCUCCUGCCAAGUAGCACUGAAACGACGACUUGGAGGGAAUCUCAUCGAGCUGUAAAAGUGAUCGCUCAAGUGUAAACAAGCAACAAGACCAGAGCAGGAGCACCGAGGUUGGUCCUGUCUUGUUAAAAAGCAGGAGCUGGUGACUUUGCUUAUGACAGACUGAUGUCUUGAAGGCUUUGGUCGAAAAACAUACACACAGCAGUGAGAAGCAAGGGGGGAGGGCAAUGUGAUAUGAUGUACUGUACCAGUCACUCUUUCACUGAAGUCAUGUUGACCAUGUGAGGAGCUUUGAUUCUUCUUCUACACACAGGGGCAGACGAGUUACUUAUAGCAUAUCUUAAGAUGAGUUCUGUUUACAUUGUGACGAUAAUAAGUUUCUGAUUUCAUGGCUCUAUUUGAUACUUGUGUUGCACCUACUUGUCAUCUGUAUUGUUUUUGAAGGAAAAAGGUCAGACAUAGCCAAAGAACAAAUUACAAGGAGGGGACAUGAACUAACUUAUCACUUGAGUUAACUUAUUUUAGCAUGAAAAUCCGCUUGGUUUAGAGUUUAUUGAAUUAAGAAAUAAUCUCAUAGGUUAGAAUUACUCUGUUUACCCGAAAGUCUUCGAGGCCACUCAGUCGAUAUCUGUGAAAUGAAGGCAUAUUAUGUUUCAGCGUUGUAAGAUUAGUUUAAUACUACAGAGGCGCCGGUAACAGACUUACUUCUCCCAAAGAGACCAGCUUACAGCACAUCCUGGCACUUACACAGUCCUUUGAGUAGUUUUCUAUUGUCCUGGUUAGAUCGUUGGGGGGGGGGGAAACCACAGUCCAGGGAAUGUCUUAAUCUUUCUGAAAAACUUGACCGAGCUUGAGAAGUUGAGAUAAAAAGGAACUGCCCAAGUAAUUAAAACAAAAAAAAAAAACAGGCUGAGGAGGAAUCGUGUUGACAACGACAAGCCAGUGAAAAUUCAGGCUGAAUUCCUCAUUUUUAAGACCCUCAGAGUAAAUAGUAAGGGAUUACCUUAGAUGUAAACAAGGCGACAGUGUAACAGUGAACAAAACAACACUGUGGUUUGAGUUAAUAUCGUUUCCAGAGCCAUUAACUGUAUCCUUGAGUUUAACUGCAUGUUAGUAAAAUAUAGUACAGUAGGUAAGAUUUAUCAGAAAAAAAGUUAAGAUCACAUAAAGAAUUCAUCAGCCUGAUACCUGAAGUGUAUAAAAAAGCUUUAAGACCUUAAAGUUGACAUCGGUUUAAAAUCAUAUAUUUACCGUGUAGUUUAACUAAUUGAUACAUAAAGUUUAAUUAUGAUUCUUAAGAAUAUGCUAAGGCGUAAGUUUCAUUUGUCCAAAUCACCCAGUAUGAAAAACGUUUUAAUUCAGUGGAGCAACAAGGGGGUGGGGUGACUCACGGUGACAUUUGAUUCAUUAAGUUCUUGUUAGUAUUAUUUACAAUAUUGUAUUAAGCUUACUAUUAUAGUAAUGGUAGAAACUGUUGAUGUUUUUCUUCUCUUGAUAUGAAAAGGUCUUUAUGCAUUUAUGUAGAAUCCCUUUUAAGGAGUGAUAGGAAAUCCUUAUUUUCAAUGGAUGCACUUAAGCAAUUGUACCAACCUGUCGAAAAUCACACAUUGAGCAAGUACUGCAUUUGAAUGUAAAAAAAAAAAAAGACCACUCAACUUAAUGCACUCCUUAUGCUUAUUGUUUUGUCAAUUUACAAGUGAGCUUUAAGUUUUUGUUUGUUUUUUGGACAGAAUUUGCGACAGGUUUUCAACGUAGACUAUAUUUGAGUUCUUCCACAUACAUUUAUAGAAAGUAACUUAAAAAGAAUAAAAAAAACAUAUUACAGUUUCUCAAAUCUAUUUUGCUAACAUGGGUUAUUAUUUCAUAGAAAGCAGAGGAAAAAAAAGUCAGUAUCUGGAUGUUAUUUAUGAAAAGUUAAAAAAUGAAGCAACAUAUUUAUGAGUAACCUCAAGACAUUUUGUUUUUUAAUUAAAAUUACAAGAAGUUAAUAUAUUUCUAAACACAGGGAAGUCAGUUUCUACUAAUAAGUAAAAUGAGAAAAGAAGUUUAGAAGUUUUAUUUAUGAAAGUUAUGGAUGCUCGUCUUUUCCAUGUACUUUAUCGUGAAUGAAGUAAAUGGAACAACGAAGAGUUCCCCAUAGCUUAAAUUUUAACUUCAGACAUGCACUACGUCAACAUCAGUGCAUUCACAAUGGAAUAAUUACAGAAAAUAAUAUAAUAUUUUUUAGAAUUUGGAGAUAUUUUAGUCACAGAGCAUCAAUUUUGUGCCUCAAUUAUAUAUUUUUCCUGCAUCAGCAUUCUUUGUGCAGUGCUGCUUGCUGUAACCCCUUUCUCCCCUUCAACUAACCCCAUGUUACUGACUGAACCACAUUACUCAUUUCCUCUGUAAUCUAAACUCGCUUUUACUUAUCAAACGUAUAAAACAUGUUACGACUGCAACGCUUGGAAUGAAUGAGGUAGCUGUGACCCUCUCGCCAAUAGGGCCACACAUAACUUGUACACACUUUUCAUUCAUACAUUUUCUACAUCUACUACUCAGACAGUUUGUGAUCGAUAGCAGCAGAGUAUAAUCAGCUUAAAGAAAGUCUUUAUGAGAGACUUUCCCUAAUGUGUUAAUUGGGAGAAGCGUGCGGAUUGAGCGGAGGCAUCUAGGAGAGGACAAGAGCGCACUGUGUAGUAGAUCUAUGUAACUAGAUGCACACAUAUACACACAACAGAUUCAUUACCGUACUAGGUUGCAUGUAUGUUGUAUGGUCACUUAGACAGGAGAAACGGCGCAGGUCCUGCGUUAUCCUUUAACGUCAGCGCACUUGGGCUGUUUCUCCUCUGUAGAUUUUCAUAGUUGGAGUCUCUUUGGAAACUGGAAAGUUGACAUGAGUUUGGAGCCAGGCAAAGAGACCAUUUCAGUCCCCACAUAAAAGUUGGAGUUUGUAUUCUCAGUUACCUGAUAGUGAUGAAAGACUGUCCACACCUCAUAUGAAUUAACUUGAAGUUCUUAGUUUGUAUAAGAGUUGAUACAGAUAAAGGAAAAAAAAAAAAAAAAACUUGACAAAAAUACUACAAUGGCACAUUUUCUGCUGCAUGUAAAGGAUGGGGACUGAAGUGGUGCUUGCUGGUGAAACUCACAACCUUUUCCAAAGAGGCCAAUACAGUCUGACAGUUUGUCUUUGGUAGCGUUUCCAAUUUUUCCAGCACAGUAGAGGUGUUUCAUACCGGUCUAAUAGUGGUCGUAGUGCAUUAGUUUUUGGGCCAGCAUCACCUGGCAUUAGUUUCUGUGAACAGUGAAAGAGGGUUGCCACUGUGGCCCUCUGUGGCUGACCGUCAACUUUGAUGGAUGGAAAAAAAAAAAGAAGUCUUUGAACUCUGUUACAGUGUGCCAUGCCCUUACAAGGCAUGUGAUAUUGCAGGUUUAUUUCUUAUAGCACAUGUUUUUUUGUGAAUUACAUUUUUUGGAGACAUUUUUAUUAUUAUUAUUAUUGUAUCUGCGCCAUGUUAGUUCUGGUUCUUUGUUAUUUUUCCAAGAUUCAAGAUGUAUUGUAAAUGUUUCUAAUAAAACAAAAAUGAAAUGAUCUCCAAUUGAAA